AUGAACAGUUUAUCUUAUAUAUUACCAGUUGUAUUCAUACAAUUAUCUUCGGCACAAUUAGUAACUUAUGGCGUUCAAAAUGGACAAUCACUAGUUCAAAAUUAUAACACAAACCAACCAAGAACAUUUGCUGUGCAAAAUAAUGGUAUAAAUUUGCAAAACACGGCUGUGGCUGGAGUACAAAACAUUGGCCUACCCAGUUCAAAUAUUCAGCUGGGCCAAGCAAUACCAACUGGAAGCGUAUCCGCCAACUUGGUGGGAAACAAUUUGGCCAACACUAAUUAUUUAACCACCGGAUUGGGAAACGCGAAUUUGUUACCUAAUAAUCUUGGAACGAAUUUGAUAGCCAAUGGUAAUCUUGUACCAUCCAACGCCAAUCUUAUUGGCAAUAAUAUCGGAACAGUUGGUGGCAACUUCGUUGGUGCCAAUUUGGUGAACGCAAAUACGUUUGGCCAACCAAAUUUUAUUGCAGCACCUUUGCCAGUGAAUCUAGCUAACGGCUACAAUUUAAAUACAGGCUCGUUCGCAAUUAGUAACACUGGCUUAGCGCAGCUUCUCAAUCUACCAUGUGGAAUACAGAUUGUGGCUGAUGCGUUAGAGAUUGGAGGUACUUUUGGCGUUACUGGACAAUUACCAUUCUAUGCAACAGUCACUGCCAAUGGCCAAUUACCUUCAAGUGGUUAUGGCUAUGCUACCUGUGGUUGCGGCGGUCAAUGA